AUGAACACAAAGAUCGCGGCCUUGGAGAGGGGAACCGUCCAAGAAGAAAGUUUCAGACCGGGCCAGCAUCCCUUUACAGUGGAGCCCAUGAGAGCAGAGCUUCCUAAGGGCUUUAAACCCCCUACGUUUGAGGCAUAUGAUGGGAAGGGCGAUCCCAAUGAUCAUAUCAGCUACUUCAACGCCAUGAUGACGAUCUACGAGUUGGCCAAGGCCUUUGUCAGCCGCUUCCAGAGCAGUGUGAAGCAGAAGAAGACCAACCUGUUGGCUGUCAAGCAGUGCUCUGAUGAGUCCAUAAGGGACUAUAUCGCCCUCUUCAACGCGGAGAGCCUGGAGAUCAAGGACCUGGACGAUGCGAUGGCUUUCAACGCCUUACAUAAUGGGGUCACCAACCACGACCUAGUGAAGUCACUUGCACUGGACCCAGUGACGACCAUGCCGCAGCUACUGGACCACUGCUACCAAUAUGCCAACAUGUUCGAUAUCAUGAAGGCAAGAAAAGCAGUGGAUGGCAAAGUCCCUGAGAAAAAGAGGGCAAGCAAGAAGGAUGAGAAGAGUGAGGACACCAAGAGAGCGAGGUCAGACAGGGACCAAAGCCCUAACUACACCCCGCUCAACACCACCAGGUCAAAGAUCCUCAUGGAGGUCUACGAUCGGGGCCUAUUGCAGUGGCCUAGACCAAUGUUCUCAAAUCCUGAGGACAAGAACAAGAACAAAUACUGCAAGUUCCACAAGGAUGUCGGGCACGAUAUCGAGAACUGCAGGCAAUUGAAGAGAGAGAUAGAAGAUGUGAUACAAAAGGGUCACCUGAAGCAGUAUGUGAAGGAAGACAUAAAGGACAACCCCCGAGGUCGUGACGCCAUGAGGAACGACCGGGGAAGGGACAACAGAGCUCGUAGAGGAGAUGAUCGAGAUCGCCAAGGUAAUCGACGAGAUGAUCAACGAGAGGUCCGCAGAAACUAG